ACUACCUAUUUACCUAUCUGUCUACCGAUUUACCUUUCUACUUACGUAUCUACUAUCAAUCUUUAUCUUCUUAUUAGUCCACUCAUCUAUCCAUGCAUACUUAUCUGCCUGAGUCCACUAACUGGUGUCCUCCUUCCCCGGCGUGGCGGCGCAGGCACUGGACCGGGACCCGCCGCACGGGAGGGGCGAGUGGCGGCUGUGGGUGGAGGUGCGGGACGGCCAAGGAAGCGGGGAGGAACAGGAACCCCCGUACUGCCCCAUCCAUUCUCCCCAUCCCACCUCCACCGCCAGGCGUCUUGGGGCCACCAGGACCCCGAAAGAGAUAUCACUCCCACCCAAGCCUGGCCCCAGUACCUCCGAAGCGGUGCACGGGGCACGGGAGGCCAGCUGAGGGGGGAAGGAAAGAACGCCAGGUGUCAGCUCAUAGGGAGCAUCACAGCAUCGCGUCAGCCACAAGUGAGGGGCGGCUCUUCCCACAGCACAUGCAUAAAGGAUGGGCACAGAGAGGACUCGUUACGGAGCGAACCAGAGACAAAACUGAAGUGAGUGUGAGUGUGGGCGCGGGCCUAAUGGAGUUGGGCAUCCAGAAGGCUGCUAGUGGGGAGGGCAGGACCAGCAAAAGAGAGGCUGCGGGAUGUCUUUCAGAGCAACAGGAAGUGAAGGCAAAGAGGAUAUUGAUUCCCACGCCGCAGGGAAACAACUUGAAUGAAGACAUCGCGCCGUCCAGACGCCGUGACGGGGAUGUAUCUGCCGUCACGUCCCAGUUCCUGAGGCGGCGGGGCGGCGAAGAUGCGGGCGCCAUGGGGGGUGUGCAGUAUCGGGACAGGCUAUCCUUCCCGGCCUCGUACCCUGGAGUGACGGCGACGGCUCGCGGCUCCCCGCCAGGCCAUCCAUCACCACAGACAGCAAUCACAGCCGCCGCGGGCCGCCGGGAGCGUAGGAAACAAAACUGGAAAACUUGGAGACACAACUUGCAUUUACAUGUGAAGGACAAAUCAGAAUCCACUUCGCAAUUCCCUCUCGGCACCAAAAACAAGAGCGUGACAGGCUGGCAUGACCCUCUCGCUCAGGCAGCGCGGAACGACCACCUGGGAACGCCCGCUCAUGACUUUCAGAUGAGGAACGUGAGCGCCUCCAGGAAGCUACGCCUCCCGAGAUUUCUAGGCCGCGGCGCUCACGUGGAAGUGCCGCCACCAGAUCAACCACAAGGAAAUCCUCUCCAGGGAAGUGGACGAGGAAAGCGGCAGCUACGCGAGGGUCCGGGAGAGGCUCGCUGCGCCGUGAACACUGUGCCGCUGAGUGCAGCCGCGAACGCCACGCUGAGCGUUGCGAAUGGUAUUCGGCAAGACCUUUCCCCUCUCUCCUCUCAUACUGACCGCCAUCCCGACCCGCCUGGCGCAGGACCCACCGAUCACAGGGCACCUCAUGGCUCGCUUUUCGCAGGGAGCACCAAGCGAGGGUCUCUUGAGGCGAGGAAAUCUAGCAGAUUAAAGGUUAUGGAAAAGAUUCCAUCGCGCCACGGAAGGGAGGACAAGGAUGCUUCCCCCAGUGAACACAAAGCUUCUGAGGGACAAGGAGACGCUGCAGAAGAGAGGAACAUGCCCCGCACGCUCCAUCAGACUAAUCUGGAAUCUCCCGCAACCACUAACAGAAUUCUUUCGUCUGGUGGCGUCACCAUUAGCAAGGUGACGCGCGAGUCAGGCCAGGAAGCUCUCACGCCCUCGCCGCUAAAGGGAAGCAGCUGUGAGGGAGUGCAGGUGCUUGGUGGUGUUGGUGGUGGUGGUGGUGGAGGUGGCGGGGGCGAGGGGAGCAUAGUGCACGUGGUGGAUACUGUGGUGACGGUGGUGGUGAAGGACAUCAACGAUAACGCCCCGGUCUUCCCCAACACCACCAUGCUGGGCCACGUGCAGGAAAACGGGCCCGCGGGAGAGGCGGUGGUGGUGGUGUUGGCGUGGGACGCGGACGACGCUUCUGACGGGACCAACGCGCGGCUCACCUACGCCAUCCAGAAGAACGUGGUGGACGAGGGCACGGGCGCCGCCAUCUUCAGCAUGGAGUCUGCCACUGGCCUGGUGAGGACAGCGCGCUGCUGUUUGGAUCGCGAGACCACGCCCGAGUACCAGAUCCAAGUGGUGGCCUCUGACGGGGGCGGCCUGAAGGGCACGGGCACGGUGGUGAUUCGCGUGGACGACCAGAACGAUAAUUCCCCCCGCCUCGCCCGCCGCCUGUGGGAGCUGCAGGUGGAGGAGACGCCGAGCACCGCGCCCCCGCCCAACACCACCCUGCUAGAGUUGACGGCCGCUGACAGGGACGCCCACAACACCUUCCUCUACAGGGUGGUGCCGGACAGCGGCCACGGCUGGGAGAACUUCGGGGUGCGGUCUGUGGGCGCCGCGGGGCAGCUGUUUGCCUUGAGGGGCCUUGACUACGAGCUGGAGACUCACCGACGAGGCUUUCGUUUCAUGGUGCAGGUGACGGACCAGGGCCCCUGGGGGUGGGAAGACCUGCAGCACGUGGACUCUGCCUGGGUCACGGUGAGGCUGCUUGACGUGAAUGACAAUCCGCCCUUGUUCUCCCGCCCACACGCGCACGUCACUGUGAAGGAAGACGCCGCCCCUGGUACGUCGCUGGCCACACUGAGCGCUCGCGACCCUGACGCGGGCAGCCGGCAGGGCGUGGACUACAGGCUGAAGGGUGACUGGGAGGCCCUUGCUGUGGACGGGGACGGGAGCGUCAGUCUGGUGCGGCAGCUGGACCGCGAGGCCCCGGACGGCGAGGAGGGCGUGGUCUUGGUGGUGGCCGUGGACAGGGGCAGCCCACCGCUCUCCGCCACCGCCACCCUUACCAUCACCGUCACGGAUGUCAACGACUGCCCACCGCGCCUCCUGCCGCCCACCCUCCUGCACGUCACCGAGGGCAGUCCACCCACAAAGCUGGGUGUGCUCAGAGUGACCGAUCCUGACGUGUGGGAGUUGGGUCACGGGCCGCCCUUCUUUCUCUCCCUGGCGCCCACCAACACGCCCCUCGUCCUCUCCCUCAUCAGCCUUAAAUUUGACCCGCGAGUUGCUGAUCCAAAGGCAUGGCUAAGGAGUGAUCUCGGGCCACCUAUAAUUUCAAGAUCAAGAUCACGUGUCGGCAUCAGGUUGAAUCUUCGCCAUGGCUCUGUCAGGACCUUCUGGGAGACACAAAAGGGUGAUGUCCCAUGAGAAUAAUGGUCAAGUACCAUAUAAAAGACCAAGGUUAACUACAGAUGUUGGAUAUGAGAGCCAGACAACAUUGUGCUUCAGACCUCACAGCAUUAUCAGCACCUCGGGCAAGUUCCCAGGGAAACACAUCCUCAGUAGUGUUCAUGGAGAUGAUACUGUGGUACAAAAAUAAGGCUUCUGGACUCCUACUUGCUGUAACUGACUGUAAUUAAAUUAAAUUUAAUCCAACUUGAAGAUAAUUGAAAAAAAAAAUAUCGAAAGAAAAAAACAGUAUUGAGAUCUUCUGUUCUUCAAAGUGAAAUACAGCAAAACUUAUAA